ACUGGGUCUGGCUGGGGCUGAUCUCACGGCGGUUACACAGUGCGGGAAAUUAACGUUAACUCCACCGCCCCCUUGCUCAACGGUCGUCUUUUCGCUGCGUUUUCCCCCCCUCCUCUCUUUACUCUCAGUCAUGUGAUUGUAACGUAAAACCCCUAACCGGAAAACACCGACGGACGACCCUCUCCUCCGCCAACGAAUGCUGCGUUUACAAGGAGCAGUUCGAGCUGCUGCGAGCCCAGAGAGGACGGACGAGUCUCCGGUAACAAACAAACAACCGCGCCGCGGCAAACUCCUCCGUUUCCCACCGGAGCGCAGGUUGAAGAAUGGAGUUGGCCAACCAUGGUCUUAUCCUGCUGCAACAGCUUAACUCUCAGAGGGAGUUCGGCUUCCUGUGCGACUGCACCGUGGCUAUUGGAGAUGUCUUCUUCAAAGCCCACAAAGCCGUCCUCGCCGCCUUCUCCAACUACUUCAGAAUGCUCUUCAUCCACCAGGACAGUGACUGUGUGCGCCUGAAGGCUGCCGACAUACAGCCGGAUAUCUUCAGCUACCUCCUCAACCUGAUGUACACGGGCAAGCUGGCACCCCAGCUGAUCGACCCCGCACGGCUGGAGCAAGGGGUCAGAUUCCUGCAUGCCUAUCCCCUGCUGCAGGAGGCCAGCCAGACGGUGUACUCCCACCCCGAGCACAGCAUCAACCUCGCCACCUCUCUCUAUGGCAUCCAGAUCUCCGACCAACAGGUGGCGCUGUCGGGCAGCGUGUCCACUCCGAGCCAGCUCUCCCCGCCGCCGUUUGAGGCGGAGCAGGUCGGCUCAGAGGGCAGGCUCCCGUCCACACCAGCUGUUACUUCUUACGCAAAUUCUUUACCAGUCAAACUGCACUCCUCGCCCCCCGAGGAGGAGGCCUCCACCAGCGGCCCUAAGCCUUCUGGGGAGGAGGGGGGGAUGGAUUUGCUGAGUGCAGAUGGCUCGCCGGCCACGGCCAUCCUCCACGUAAAGCCCAGCAUAAUGAAGAGGAGCAGCUCCUUCAGGAAGCACUACUCCUGUCAUCUGUGCAGGAGCCGCUUCAACCAGAGGAGUUUGCUUCGAGAGCACCUCCUGCAGCACACCCAGGCUCUCCAGCAGACCCUGACGGAGUCCAGCGACGCCCUCUCUCCCGUAGCGGCUUCGGAAAACAGCGCCGCAGUGGAAGGCGUCCCUCAGGGAAGCAAGGCUGGGUCCGGCGCCCCCGUUUCCGCGGCAGCAAUUGAGAUCCUCAGCGACAGCGAGCAGACCCCGGUUUCGGGCACCAACUCGGACUCCCCCCGGGCGGAGGUGUCCACCUCCGGCUGGGGAGUCGGGGGGUUCAACCCUCAAGCGGACACGCCGCCGCCGUCGGACAUUGCGGACAUCGACAACCUGGAGAGCGCCGACCUGGACCGCGAGGUGAAGAGGCGGAAGUACGAGUGCUCCACCUGCGGCCGCAAGUUCAUCCAGAAGAGCCACUGGCGGGAGCACAUGUACAUCCACACGGGCAAGCCCUUUAAAUGCAGCGCCUGCGGCAAGAGCUUCUGCCGCGCCAACCAGGCCGCCCGCCACGUGUGCCUGAACCAGGGGGCCGACACCUACACCAUGGUGGACCGGCAGAGCAUGGAGCUGUGCGCGGCGGGAGACGACAGCAGCCAGAUGGAGGCCAUGUUCCUGGGCUCGCCCAAACCUUACAAGUGUAACAUUUGUGCCACCACCUUCUCCAGUCCCAGCGAGGUGAUCAAGCACCUGUGCUUCACCCAGGGGGGGCUGGCGGGGCUGCCGGGAAACGCUGGGGCUGGCACGCUGCUGCAGCCGGAAGAAUUCUCCAAAGAUGAAGGCUCUGAUUUGUCCAACUCCGGCACCCCGUUAGAACCUGUAAAGACUGAUGGGAUUCUCGUAGAAUAGUGCCAAAACUGUUCUUUGUGCUUUUGAUAUGUAUGUUUAUGAUCUAAGUUAUGAGCAGCAGGCAAGCUAAGGGUGACGUUUGUUGGGGUCUGUACACUCACACUCCACUUCAUGAGGCACAUUUGUACAAUCUAAUGCGCUACAUGAUAACGGCCGCGCCAUCAGCUUUGCCUUUACAUCGAUAUAAAUGGGAAAUUACCUUUUGGAAAGGCAAAAUGUAUGUGAAGGCUGUUCUCCUGUAGGUGUAACAUUAAUUUGAACAAAUUCUCAUAAGUGGCCUGUGAUUGUAUAUCGGAGGUUCCAAAUCAAUUUAGAAUUAACUUUAUUUAGUUUUUAUUAUUGUGCAGUGUUUUGAAGAUUUUACCCCCCCCCCCCCCCCCCCCCCAGCUUUAACUAAAAAGUUCCAGAUAAAUCACAGUCUAAACUGACUUGAUGCCAGCCUCACUCGAUUGUUUAUAUGCAUUGCUCUCGAGCUCUGACAUGCAGCCUCACCACACGCAGGAGCGCUGCUGUUGUGGUGAGGCGACUCAGACUGUGUUUCAGCAGAAAAGGAAGAGGAAGUUGAGACAGUUCCGGGUGAGACGGCCCCUGGUGACACGAGGUUUUUGCUAGAUUGGUAUAGGAAAAAAAAAAAAGUAUACGCUUUUUAUAGACCCACACAGUAGAAGACGUACAGUUCAUUCUGAAAGCACAUUAACAUGAGACAAUCCGUGAUCUAAUUUGAAUAUGUUUUAGAUAUGCAUUAAGUAACAUUUGUCUUCCAUGAACUUUCUGUUGUUAUAACUCAGCAGAAUGAAUGACGCAAAACAUAACAGCCAUUUAUAGCAUCCUUCUGGGUAACAGUUUGGUUGUUAGCUCUGUGUUUUGUGGACUGUGUAAAGUGUGAUUAAGGUUUCUGUCUGCUUCCCUUCACACCGUAUUAAAGCACAAUUGGUCUUUGGCCCCGGAGAGUUAGUCAGAGUGAACAGAAGCGGCUGCAGCUGUGACGCUUUCUUUCUGCUUCAUUUUCCUCGUCUGUUAUUGUGUAUUCCACGCCUUGUUUAACCGUUUGGUUACUGACUGAAGAAGCAACAUGUCCCCUCCAAAAGAAAAACAACAUAGUCCAGUGGCAGGCUGUCCUGUACAUUAUUGUGCAUCUUGUCUUAUACAGUAUAUUUAGCCUAAACCCACCCCCCCCCCCCCAAAAUUUUAAAAUUUAGUCUGAUGUGCUUUCUAAUUUUAUAUACACUGCUAUUGUAAGAAAAAAAGAAUGCAUUUAUCACAGAUAUAUAUAUGUUUAUGAGAGUACAAAUAGUUUUUGAUUAGGAUAAGUAAUAGGGAUGGGAGGAAUAAAUCCAUUUUACCUUCUUACUGACCGUCUGCAAAGGGAAACUUUUUAUUUUUUGGUAUUAUUAAGACAUUCUUUUACUUGUGUAAGUUCUUGGGCCUUGUCCAUACCAAAAAAAGUAGUGUCUGCAGCCAUUGUCAUUCAUGGAACAUGCUGGAAGUGUGAAUGUUUCCCCUUCCCUUCAGGUGAUCAGGUUUUGAAUUGUGUGAUCCUGGUUUCUAAAAGAUCAGGAUAAACGAUGAAGAGGUAUAAAUGGUGCUCUGAUGUCUUUUUCUUUGUACUACUGAUGACAACUUGUGAGACAUCUUUAAAUGCAGGUUGAAAAAAAAAAUGUGAAGUUAGAAAAUUGUGCUAUAUAUUCAUACUGAAACAUGUCGAGUGGCAAUAGCUCUCCUACUUUUUGUUUUUUGUUUUGUUUUUAAAAAGUGGCACGUCAAAGACCAAAUGUUUUUGAGUGUUUCAGAAAAUAAGAAAUUGACGAAACGAUAAACGUCCGAGUUAUUGUUCUGUGCAUCACAAAAAAAUAUCAGACAGCAAUACUUAGCUUUUUUCCCUUUUACCACGGAAUACAAAAAAAAAAAAACAUUUCCUACAAAUAUUUUUUAGAAGUGAGAACGCAAAUGACAACUUUUGCAACUUUCAUGCAUGAAUGCAACUUUUUUUUAGUUGUGAUUUUGACAUCUUCUGCCUUGGUUUUACACAUUUAAAAAGUCCUUUGUAAUUGUUCAUUCCCCAAUUUUCUUUCCUUCCUUUCUCCAAAAUUUAGAAUUGAACAUUUUCUCGGACAUAAUACUGGUAUUCGUUUUCCCAGAGAUAUGUAACUGUAGAUACAAUCCAGCUGUUGCACAAACACAAAUCUGUAUGCAUUUGUUUCAGACAAUGUAAGUGUACUUUCUGUUGUGCUUUACUGGUCUGCUUCCACCUGUUGUGAGUAUACUGAUACCCACCUGUUGUAUGUUUAUUGUACAGAGCUCUCACUUAAUACUUCCGUCAUUAGAUGCAGGUUUUAACAAAAAACUACAGAUACCAGCUUAAUUUUGAAGUGUAUAUUUUGUACUUUGGACGGCUGUCGGACCGAUGCAGUUUUUCUUAUCGUCUAGCGAGAUGGAGCCGUCGGGUAAAGGGAAAAAAAGCUAUCGCAGUGAAACAUGUUGUAAAUGUGUGGUUGCCAAUUGUGUUACCCGUUUGCCAUAGAAUGAAAGGACAUCGCAUUUACCUCACAUAAUGUUAACUAAUCUCUGUAAAUAUCUAACAUGGCAGAAAAGUAUUGGAUCAGGUAGCACUGCUGUCCUACUCACGGUCACUUCUUUGGAUCACACUGAUUUACACAAACACGCACAGCUUUGUGAAAAGUCUGAGUCUGGCCUUCGUCAUAAUCGUUCCUUAGACAAAGCACUGUUGUACUACGGUGAUCAUAAGGGUAUGUGUUUAAGAGUCUGUAUCUCAGGAAGACGAGAGCGUUUCGCCUAUACUGUCCACUGUUGGUUAUCAAAAUUAAUUUCAGGGCAAAGGAGGACCCCGGCCCCAUGAAUAUGAGUGUACUCUCCUCUUCAAUCCCCAUCUGACAUCUACUGUGAUUAACCUGUGUUCUCAGGAAUGUGACUAAUUUUUUCUGUAUAAACUUUUUUUUCAAUGAAGAACAAUAAAAAAAAAAUGUCUUUUUGUAAUUAU